AAAUGGAAAUCCAAAAUUUUGUUGAAGGAGAAUGAUAAAGACGUAGAAGUUGAAUUGAACAGAACACACACACGUAGCUCCAAAGUGCAAACAAAGACGAAGGAGGGUCCAUUCCAUUGUCCUCAAAACCACACAUUCCUCCAACAAAAUGCAAACAUGAUUCUACUUUUUUCAUACCCCAAAACCCCAAACUUGGUGAAACAUUAGACACACAAAUUGGGACUUCUUCGAAGAAUCUUCCAUCAUUGUCGUCCCCAUGUUCCUCGUAAUCCUAAGUGUCGUCGUAGGUUUCACGGUUCGGUGGUUGCUGUUCAAAACGGGAUUGAUGCACACCAUAAGAAAACGCUUCCGAAGGGUCGUGGAUUGGUGCCACGUGUACCAGUUCCUCAAAGUCCCCGAAUUCAACGAAACCAAUAAUAUGCGGCGGAAUAACCUUCACCGCAAAGUUUCUCUCUAUUUGCAUUCCCUUCCUUCCAUAGAGGACGCUGACUUCACCAAUCUCAUAACCGGAAAUGACCAAACUGACAUCGUUUUGCGCCUCGACCCGAACCAAACCAUCGAGGACCGCUUCCUUGGUGCCACACUCUAUUGGUUCAACCAAAAAACCGAACCGAACCGGAUUUCCACCUUCGUUCUCCAAAUCAGAAAAACCGAUAAACGUCGCAUCCUUCGCCAGUACCUCCGCCACAUCAACACUGUCGCCGACGAGAUGGAGAACCAAAGCAAGCGCAAUUUACGGUUGUUCAUGAACGCCUCCGCCGUCGAAGACGGCGGCACACGGUGGAGAUCCGUUCCGUUUACUCAUCCGGCGAUGUUUGAAACGAUGGCGAUGGAGAAGGAUCUGAAGAACAAGAUCAAGUCAGAUCUCGAAUCGUUUCUCAAGGCGAAGCAGUAUUACCGGAAAAUCGGCCGGGCGUGGAAGCGGAGCUACCUCCUGUACGGUGCCGGAGGCACCGGAAAAUCCAGCUUCGUCGCCGCGAUGGCUAACUUUCUCCGCUACGACGUGUACGACGUGGAUCUCUCCAAGAUUCGCGGCGAUUCGGAUCUGAUGUUUCUGUUAACGGAAACGACGGCGAAAUCGGUAAUCGUGGUGGAGGAUCUCGACCGGUUUCUGGAACCGGAGCCGGAGACAGCGACGGCGGUUACCGCGUCGGGGAUCCAGAGCUUCAUGGACGGAAUCGUUAGCGCGUGUUGUGGCGAGGAGAGGGUGAUGGUGUUCACGAUGAACAGCAAGGAGUGCGUGGACCCGGACCUGCUGCGGCCGGGUCGGGUCGACGUGCACAUCCACUUCCCGGUGUGCGAUUUCUCGGCGUUCAAGACGCUGGCGAGCAGCUACCUCGGCGUGAGGAAGCACAAGCUGUUCGCGCAGGUGGAGGAGAUUUUCCGGCACGGCGCGACUCUCAGCCCCGCGGAGAUCAGCGAGUUGAUGAUCGCGAAUCGGACCUCGCCGAGUCGCGCCAUCAAAUCGGUGAUCGGGGCGCUGCAAUCGGACGGUGAUGGGAGAAGAUCGUAUGCUGAUUCGAUCAGACGGCGGAUAGAGGGUGAUGACGUGGACAAAGCGCCCUGUGGUGGGGACGGGUUCUCUACGGUUAAAGAUAUCCGGAAGUUGUACGGUUUCUUCAAAUUGCGGAACGGCAGAAGAACUUCUCAACAACAGUCUAAUUCCUCUCCCCAUGAUACUUGAUCACCAGAGAUGAAAAAAAGAAAUUAAAAAAAUGUUUUUAAAAAUUUUGUCAAUUUUGUUGGCAAAGUUUUUUUUAAAAAAAAAUAUUUAUUGGCAGGAUAUCCCAAUCAAAAUUGUCCAUACUUUGGUCCCUCAGAAUUGAUUUGCCAUGGGAUGUUUUAGUGGGGAUGUAAACAAAAUUAAAUGAUAGAACUAGAAACUUUCUUAAUGUAAGAGAAAAUUAGAAAACUACUCCAUUGUAAAGUUUCCUUUUUCAAUUUUGAUGAAUGGUGGAGUCAAUUGUAUAGAUUUCACAUUGGAAAAAACAAAACAAAAAGUUCAAAUGUUUUGAUUUCCCCCCCUCUUUUUCAUUGUUUACAUAUAUUGAUCUAGGAGCUAUGCUUGA